GGCAGCCGUAGCCAAGAACGGCAGCGCGCGCCAGGGCUCACUCUAGCUGCGAGCCGCUCCGAGCCUCCUCUCCUUCAGCGAGCCCCGCGCUGCCGGUCAUGUCCUUGAGGAUCAGCCUCUCGCGUGUCCUCCGGACGCAAGUGCCAUCUGUCCUGAAGAAGUCUGUCCACUCCGUGGCUGUGAUAGGAGCCCCUUUCUCUCAGGGACAGAGAAAAAAAGGAGUGGAGUAUGGUCCAGCUGCCAUAAGAGAAGCUGGCUUGAUGAAAAGGCUCUCCGGAUUGGGCUGCAGCCUAAAAGACUUUGGAGAUUUGAGUUUUACUCCUGUUGCUAAAGAUGAUCCCUUCAACAACCUUGUAAUGAAUCCACGCUCAGUGGGCCUUGCUAACCAGGAACUGACUGAGGUGGUUAGUAGAGCAGUGUCAGAUGGCUAUAGCUGUGUCACUGUGGGAGGAGACCACAGCCUUGCAAUCGGUACUAUUAGUGGCCACGCCCGGCACUGCCCAGACCUUUGUGUCAUUUGGGUUGAUGCCCAUACUGACGUCAAUACACCCCUCACCACUCCAACAGGAAAUCUCCAUGGACAGCCAGUUGCAUUUCUCCUCAGAGAACUACAGGACAAGAUACCGUCACUCCCAGGGUUUUCGUGGAUCAAACCUUGUAUCUCUACCCCAAGUAUUGUGUAUAUUGGCCUAAGAGAUGUGGAUCCUCCAGAACACUUUAUUUUAAAGAACUAUGAUAUUCAGUAUUUUUCCAUGAGAGAUAUUGAUCAACUUGGUAUCAAGAAGGUGAUGGAACAGACAUUUGACCUGCUGAUUGGCAAAAGACAAAGGCCAAUCCACCUGAGUUUUGAUAUUGAUGCAUUUGACCCUACGCUGGCUCCUGCCACAGGAACCCCUGUGGUAGGGGGACUGACCUAUCGAGAAGGCGUGUAUAUUAGUGAAGAAAUACACAAUACAGGGUUACUGUCAGCAUUGGAUCUUGUUGAGGUCAAUCCUCACUUGGCCACUUCAGAAGAAGCAAAGGCUACCGCUAGCCUUGCAGUGGAUGUGAUUGCUUCAAGUUUUGGUCAGACAAGGGAAGGAGGACACAUUGUCUAUGACCAACUUCCUAAUCCCAGUUCACCAGAUGAAUCAGAAAAUGAAGAACGUGUGAGAAUUUAGGAAAUAUUGUAUGCUGGAAUGUUUCCCAAUGGGCAUUCGCAUUGUGAGGCAUUCUGAGGGGGACAGAUAUAUGGCUGUCUGGGUCAGUACUGCCUUAAUGAGAACAUCUGUGCAUUCUCACAACUUAGUUUCCCCUCCCCACUUUGGUGACCAACAGUACUACUGUAAAUGCAUUUUGGUUUUUUGCAGUUCACAAGGUAUUAUGUAAAUCUGAAGAAAUCAUAAACAUUUAUUACCUUGGUAUAUCA